AUGUUUUUUUCUUUUAAAAAAACUGAAUGUUUAAAAGAGUUAAAAGAAAAACAUAAUUGUGUUCCACUUUUCUAUUAUAGGUAUGUGGAUGACACAAUUUUAGCCAUAAAAAAAGAACAUGUUGAUCUGGUCAUUGACACUUUUAACUCUUACAAUCGAAAAUUACAAUUUACUGUUGAAAAAGAAAAAGAAAAUUCUAUUAACUUUCUCGAUCUAAAGCUUAUCAGAGACAACAACAAAAUUAUUACAAAUUGGUAUCAAAAACCGAUUUCAUCAGAUAGACUCAUUAACUAUUUUUCAGAUCAUCCACUUCAACAGAAGAAGAAUAUUGUAUAUAAUCUUGUAGAUAGGGCAUUUUCAUUGUCCAAUAAAAAAUUCCAAUUUGACAACUUGAAAAAAAUUAAAAAUAUUUUAAAAAACAAUAACUAUCCUUCAGACUUCAUUGAAAAACAUAUCAAGAUUCGUGUUAAUAAAAUAAAAUUUUCUGAUGUUAAUAAUAAUAAUAACAAAACUAAUAUAUAUAGUAAAAUUCCAAAAGUUUGUUUACCUUUUAAUGAAAAAUGUUUUUUCAAGUUGUCAAAUAUCCUUAGAGAGUUUAAUUGCACGUCUAUUCCUCUUAUAAAUAAAAAUUCUAGUUCUAUCAUCAAACUAGGUAAAGAUUCGACAAAAAAAUGGGAUAGAACAAAUGUUGUAUAUAAGUUUGAUUGUAAAACCUGCCCUGCAACAUAUAUUGGCGAGACGAAACGAUCUUUACUAACUCGCAUAAACGAACAUAAAAAAGUGAAUGACAACUCUGUAGUGUACCGACAUUGUAUCAAUUUCAAUCAUGAUUUUGAUUGGGAAAAUGUGAAGGUUUUGGACAAUGAAAAAAAUUUUAUAAAACGACGAAUAUCGGAAAUGAUCCACAUAAAAACAAAUCAUUCCACUAUUAACAGAAAAGAAGAUAUUCUCACUCUAAAUAAAACGUUCUUUCCUCUUUUCAGACGUAUAGACUCAUGUCCAUAAUGACAAAACAAUAACAUAUCUUGCUGACCACCUGUGUUUACAUAUCAGUUCAUUGACUCUUUUAGUUUUCAUAGUUUUGACUUUCUUAUCUCAGUUUCUAAUUUUAUUUCAGUUGACACUGAGUCGUUGUAGAGGAAUGUCUCCUUUUCUUCUAUAUAAUUAUAAAUUUAAUCUCUUGUGUGGAAUAUGUGUCGUGUUUUGUUUUUUAAUUUAUUUAUUUAUUUAUUUAAUUUUUAUUCUUCAUGACGAACUAAAAUAGUGUUUUUAUGUUUUAAUGAAUUAGCCUGAUGAGGUUGGCAAACCUUAGCCAACGAAACGUCGCAUUACUGACGAAA